UUCAUUUUAAUGUAAAUGGCCUGAACAAAUUAUAACACAACUUCUUGAAGCUUCCGCUUUAUUUUUUCUGUUUUGCCAUUGGUUAAUAUUUAUUAUCUCUGAAAACGAGGGUUACUUUUUUGACAGUAUUUGAUCUCUUUUCCGUAUAUAGUAUUGUAUUAUGUAUUAUUUUGUAAAAUAUUGUAAUUAUAAAAAAUAGUUUGAAAAUAUUUGUCCAGAUUUUACAUGUGAAUUACAAAUUUUUCUAAUAAUAUUAGCAAUCAGUAAGAUAAAGAAAUGAUAUGAGAUAGAUUUUUAUGCGGUCAUGUAUUUAGAACUGCCUAACUUCUUUUAUUUAUAGUUAUUUUGAAUUUCCUAUUGUUUACCAAAAGUUUUUUUCCAAUUAGAAUUUAACUACCAUUAUGGAACCUCCUCAGAUUAUAAAAUUAAAUGAAGACGUUAUAAACCGAAUAGCAGCUGGUGAAAUAAUACAACGACCUGCAAACGCGUUAAAAGAACUUAUAGAAAAUAGUCUUGAUGCUAAAUCAACAAAUAUUCAGAUAACCGUAAAAAAUGGGGGGCUCAAGAUGUUACAGAUUCAGGAUAAUGGAACUGGUAUAAGAAAGGAAGACUUUGAAAUAGUGUGUGAAAGAUUUACGACUUCUAAACUAAGAGAAUUCGCAGAUCUACAUAAAAUAGCUACUUAUGGUUUUCGUGGAGAAGCAUUAGCAAGUAUAUCUCAUAUUGCACAUUUGACUAUUACUUCUAAAACAAAAAAUGAUAUAUGUGCGUACCAAGGAUCUUUUGUUGAUGGUAAAUUACAGGGUACUCCUAAACCUACUGCUGGAAAUCAAGGAACUAUUAUAACAGUUGAAGACUUAUUCUACAAUAUGAGUGUAAGAAAAAAAGCAUUAAGGUCUGCAGCUGAGGAAUAUCAAAAGAUCUCUGAUGUUGUUGGUAAAUAUGCAGUUCAUAAUGCCCAUGUAGGUUUUGCGCUAAAAAGAUCCAAUGAAAGUAAUGAUAUUCGGACAAAUCCGAAUUCAAACCAAGUGGAUAAUAUACGGGUUAUCUAUGGAAAUGGAAUAGCUAGAGAGUUGAUUGAGUUUUCCAUGGAAAAUGAACAAUUUCAGUUUAAAGUUAAUGGAUACAUUUCUAAUGUCAAUUAUUCUCCCAAGAAAUUUCAAUUUUUGUUGUUUAUUAACCAUCGUUUAGUUGACUGCCAAAGUUUAAAGAGAUCUAUAGAUCAUGUAUAUUCAACCUAUUUGCCCAAAAACACCCAUCCAUUUGUUUACUUAAGUCUUGAAUUGGAUCCAACAAAUAUAGAUGUAAAUGUUCAUCCCACUAAACAUGAAGUACAUUUUUUACAUGAAGAUCAAAUCGUUGAGUGUAUUGCCACUGCAUUGGAAACUAAACUUUUAGGAUCUAAUAAUUCAAGAACUUUCUUUACACAGUCUAAGUUACCAAAAGUACUUAAUAUAGAGGUUCCAGAUGCCAAAGAGAACAAUAAUAGCCAUACUAAAACUGUAAAUGCAAGUAGUAUGGUUAGAACAGAUGCAAGAGAACAAAAAUUGGAAAAAUUUUUUGGAGAUAUUCAAAAGAAACAUGAAAAUGGCUCGACGGCACAAAAAUGUGGGAACUCAUCUUUCAUAGAAACGGAUAAUAACGCCCUCAAUGAAUCAUUUUUAAAUAGAGCGGACAAUUUGGAAACAAACAUAAAUCUGAAUAGAUCAGUUGUUGAUCCAAAGGUAGAAACAGAAGUUAAGAUGGCACAAGAUCAUCCCUCGUCUAAAACAUCUAAAAUAGAAUAUGUUGAGGAACCACAGAAAACAAUUGUUAGCAAUGAAUUGAAUGCAUUUUUCAUCAACAAAAUAACAAGGUAUGACACAAAACUAACGAGUGUUUUAGAGCUACGGAAAGAAAUAGAAGAAAAUUGCCAUAGGCUUUUAAGAGAAACAUUUGCCCAACAUGUUUUCGUCGGUAGUGUAGAUCCGUCUCAAGCAUUGAUUCAAUAUAGUACUAAAAUGUUUCUUUGUAAUACCAAAUUGGUAUUAGAAGAACUUUUCUACCAGUUUAUUAUGUAUAAUUUUCAAAAUUUCGACAGUUACAUUUUUUCCAAUAAAAUAUCAAUUUUUGAGUUGGCGAGAAUCUGUUUAGAUCUGGAGGAAACAGGAUGGACUCCUGAAGAUGGUGAUAAGUCAGAACUUUCAAAACGUAUUACACAUAUUUUAUCAGAGAAGGGACCAAUGCUGCAAGAUUAUUUUUCUAUGGAAAUAGAUGAAAUGGGAAAUAUAUGCAGUAUUCCAAUAUUAUUAGACAAUUAUUUGCCAGAUCCAAAAGCUUUGCCGAUGUAUGUAGUUCGAUUAGCUACUGAAGUGAACUGGGAAAUAGAAAAAGAAUGUUUUCAAAAUUUUGCUAGAGAAACUGCAAGAUUUUAUUCUAACGUACCAGAAGAAGUUAAUCAAAACGGAAAGGAUUGGCAAUGGGUAACAGAACAUGUUCUUUAUCCGGCUUUAAAAGAAUAUUUCAUACCCCCUAAAAUCUUUGCGGAAAAUGGUGCACUAUUAGAAAUAGCAGAUUUGCAUAAUUUGUACAAAGUUUUCGAGAGAUGUUGAUUGUUGUUAUAUUGUGCUUUAACAAUAGAACAUAGUUGACUGAUCAUCCAUUAUUUAAACAAUUGAGACAUUUUUAACAAAAUGUUAGAAUUUAAGUGAUUCAAAUGUACAAUUCCUAAUACCUGGUUCAUGAUAUUUAAAUGUAAAAUAUAAUUAAUUCAAAAUUGGA